AUGCUGGUGAUGUUGGUGUAUAUACGCGACUCCACAUUAGGAUCUCGAAACAAUAACACUACACUACUUCAUUUGCUCACAUCCGAAUCUCCAAUGUCGCAGAAAAAAACCUUCGCCAACGUGAAGAACGAGCUUUUGGCUGAACAGAAACAAGAGAUCCGCGAGGCUUUUCAGCUCUUCGACAUGAAUCAUGAUGGUAUGCUAGACUACCAUGAGUUCAAGGUGGCUCUUCGGGCAUUGGGGUUUGACGCGUCCAAGAAAGAAGUUCUUGAUAUAAUCCACAAGUUCGAUACAGACGAUACCAAUUUAAUCUCAUAUGAUAACUUCUAUCUAGCCGGUAUGUUGAUAGAUGCGCAUGUUCAUGCUGCAAAUGGUUGA